AUGUACGAAGAUCACGACCUGGGAGGACCUGACAUCGAGGUCCCAAAUGAAGACUCAGAGUCCGACGAACACACCAUCCUUUCUGUAACUGGGCACACGGCGUGCUUGAUACCGCAGAGGUCAAUCGCGAACUCCAUUUACCCACACACGAACUCAAACUCCAACGCGAUGGAAGAUCAUCGUCGAAGCGUAACCUCCGCAGCCUUCGCAACAUGUUCUGAUGCGACGCAUAAUUCUCGAGGUGUAGAGAGUAAUGGGUCCGAUUGGGACAGGGAAGACGAGUGUGCCAAGGUUGGCCACGAUCGGGAGUCAUGCACUCAAGGUGUUACUGCUUUUGCUUACCCUCAUCCCGAUGGAAGUGGACGCAACGUGGUAUUUGUGGAUACCCCUGGAUUUGACGAUAGUGUGAGAACGGAUUAUGAGGUUUUUAAAGAAAUUGCUGCAUGGUUGAAGAAAACCUACAAGGAACGCGUCACCUUGAGCGGCAUCCUAUUCUUUCAUCGAAUUACAGAGAGCCGAAUGCGUGGGACACCCUUGAGGAACUUGUCAGUGUUCAAGGAGUUGUGUGGUACGAACGCACUUGAAAACGUCAUCUUGACCACGACUAUGUGGGACGAAGUUCCCGAACAUAUUAGAUCGCAGCGGGAACAACAGCUGAAGACGCAAUUUUGGCAGGAAAUGAUGUCGCGGGAUCCCGAACAACCAGAUUCAUCGCUUCCUUUGAUUCGGCAUGGGAGAUCGUCAAGCAUUCUGACGCCACAACUCCUCGACCCGUCCAAUUGCAAAACAAAUGGUAGACGAAGAAAAGGGGCUUUCCGAAACGUCGGCACAUCGUGCUGACCAGCUGGUUCGAAAAAAAAAAAGUGUUGCUCAUUUUCGAGUAUGGCUUCGGAACUUCAAGUCUACUUGGAGUAGUAGUUCAACGUUCAACGCUAACUCACUGAGGCAGUGCGUCAACACACAGCGCUUCAAGAUGAUGGGCGGUCAGUGAGUUCAUCUAGGAG